GGGAAGAGAGAUAGAGAAAGAGAGAAUUGAAAGAGAAUAAAAUAGAAGAAGUCACAGAGGAGACGCACGUUUCGCAGAUUCAAGCUCGAUUCCAGCGGACGCAUCCGGACGUGAAAUUUCCCGAACCAUGUGCUCCCCCGUGAUUUCCCACCGUAAUGUUUUACCUGCUCGGUAUCCCGUCGCGCCGGUUGCCGCGUUUUUGCUCGAUGCUGCAUAGGAAGCGACGUGGGAACGAUGGCUGAUAUUCUCAGCCCAUACAUUGGUGUCCUAUCAGAUAACUUGUGAAACACAUGGCUGACGAGAAAUCAUCCGAUUACCGUGCGUUCUGUGCGGAAGAUAACGACGAGAUCGAGGGCCUUAAUGAGAAGCUGAUACAAUUGUUAUCUGUGCAAAAGUUAUUGCUUCCGGUAUCCAACAGUUCGCCGUGCGACAGUAAACUAGAAAGCAAUAGCGAUUCUAAAGUAAUCGCCAAGGCAUCUGAGUCUCUGUCGUUUAGCCAUUGCAGGCAUGACUGCUCCGUUCUGUGUCAUGGUCAUGAUAGCCCAUCUAAGAUGCCGAGUACAUCAAAUCUUCCACCUAUUGGCGUAUUUUGGGACAUUGAAAAUUGUCAGGUUCCUAAAGGUAGAUCCGCCAUAGCGAUUACCCAAUUGAUUAGAGAUAAAUUUUUUAAUGGCUAUAGAGAGGCAGAAUUUAUCGUAGUUUGUGACGUUCAGAAGGAGAAUAGCCAAAUUAUACAGGAACUGAAUGACGCUCAGGUUAAUUUAAUACACGUAGCUGCUACAUGUAAGAACGCUGCGGAUGAGAAGCUUAAACAGACCAUUAGAAGGUUUGCCGACAUCCACGGCAGCCCAGCAGCCAUAAUCUUAAUAUCCGGCGACAUUAAUUUUGCCGCUGAUCUCAGUGAUCUACGUCAUAGAAAGAAGAUUCAUGUGAUACUGCUGCAUAAGAAGAAUACCUCAGAAGCGUUAAUAUUAUGCGCCAAUGAACAUUAUGAUUUUAUGGAGCUCACGGAGCCACUGCCGUCCAGACCUCCACCAAAGGGUAAUGAAUCCUAUGACCUCCUAAUUAAUAAUCUUCCCGAUGAAAUAGAUGUUAAUAUCAUUAAGCGUCGUCUUAAGCAAUUAUCCGAAAAUUGUGGUGGUCGUGUGGUAGAUGUCCAGUCCAAUACUGCCAUAGUGCGGUUUACGUCGCAUAGUUCUGCAGAAAGGGCUCAGAAGCGUAUGGAUGGAGAAUAUGUUUAUGGGUCGAAAAUACUUGUGAGAUAUCUCGGAAAGGAGAAAGGAAAUAUAAUCGUUAAAAAUCUAGGAAGUGUUAUAACUCGAAGUAGGGCAGUCAGUGAAUCGGAAGUUGUUGCUGACUCUAAGCAAAGUAGCUCCAAGCAAAUGUAUGCUGCGAGUGCCUCUGUACUUGGGACAAGAACCCUCCAAUUUCCGCAUUAUCAAUCCGCGUCAUCCGUAGUGGGUGCCUAUGGUCCUGCUUUCAAUCCCCAUUGUGCGCCCAUCAAUGGCCCACCAUCAGGGCUGAUACAACCUCCGUUAUAUUUCGGGAGGGCGUAUCCGAAUAGUGGCGAUGUAGCUUUUAAUAGGACAUACAAUGAUCUUACUAGAGUGCAGUCACCAAAUUUAAUUUGGCCAAUUCCGGGACCUCAACAAUAUGGCCAUAUAUGGGAAGAACAAUACAAAGCGGAAAAGUCGAAGGUAUUAAGCAAACGAGUUCACAUCCCGCAGGUUCGGGACAAUAAUGUUGCUGUUACCACGCUUUCUCGUACACCUGAAGGUCUUAGGCGCAUCAGAGGUACACACGGGACAUUUCUUCAUGCUUCCGAAUGGCUUGGAGGGCGGCAAUCGUACAAUUCAUUAGCUGUUCCACUUAGUUAUAAUGCCCAAUCCAAUUCUUUCAAACGGCGUAGCCCAUCUCCGCUGUACGAUGCACCGACUAGAGAAAAGAGCUCGUGGCACGGUCAGAAUCAACAUCAGAUUCCUACACGAAACAAUAAGACACCAUCACCUUAUGAAAAUAGUAUGUUACAAGGGACAGGACAACACAAUCAAACAUCACGGUCGCAUCUAAGUGAUGCAGAAAACGAAGAAGUAGAGAAAUUUUUAAAUCCUAUAAACAAUCGCGUCGGAUCUAGCAUCAAUAAUGGUACUAAUAUACCAAUCGAAUUGCAAGUAACAAAUUUAGAUCAAAACAUCGAUAUGAAAGACAUGAAGCGAAUUCUUACGGCUGUGUUUACGGAACACGUCUCGAACUGUCAUAUUACUGUAUUUACGCAAUCGGACGGUAAUUACGCCGCUAGUGUCAAAUUACUCUCGUUAUCGGACGCACAAUAUGCGAUCUCGCAAUUACACCGUCGUAAAAUAGGCUACAAGCGCAUUUUGAUAUCUUACGCUCAUAACGGUGGACCAAAUCUGCAACUUAUCCGAGCACAAAUCGUAAUGCUGUUGCAAGAGGUCCCGGGACACAAACUGCCGCUAUUCAAAUUCCGCGAGAUGUACGAGAGCCGGUUUAUGAUUUCUAUAAGCGUGUCGGAACUCUACAAGAUGAGAGACGUAUGCAUAAUCACCGAAGAUCCGAGCGGCAGAAUGGUCUCGCUCAAUCCGGAUCAUAGAAACACACCAUCGCCGUGCUUUAGUAAUACGAUGCAGGAUGGACAAGUCAAGUUACCGUAUUGCACAAUGCAUACCGCGAAACCGUUGCUGGACAAAGGCUGGGCGGAACAAGAAAUGGCAUCCUUACCCAAUGUAAAGAUCUCUUUGAAGCUUCUCGAGUCUCGUGUGCAACAAUUAUUGGUGUCGCACAAUGGCAUUCUACCUUUGCCAAGUCUACCGACUUGUUACGAGGCUGAAUUCAAAGAACAAUUGGAAAUCAUAGAAAAUGGUGUACCUUUAGAACAUUUGGUUUCGUGCUUAUCAUGCGUCGAAUUAAAACAAGAUACCGGCAGCGUGAAAUAUAUUAUGUGGAUAGGAAAGAAAGACCAUGACAAUAAUCACGAUGAAACUAAGUGCGUGAGUCCACCGCUCGCGACUCAGUUAGCCCUUUUUAGCCGCGAACUGGUCGAUCUUCUGAAAACCGCUCCGCACUGCCAAUUAUCAUUUAAUCGAUUUAUACCGGCGUACCACCAUCACUUCGGACGGCAGUGCAGAGUCGCCGAUUAUGGGUUCACUAAACUAAUAGAUCUGCUGGAGGCGCUUACGUCCACUGUUCAAGUGAUGGGAGAGGGCAAUAAACGCACGGUUACGCUAUCGCAUCGUGCUCAAGUACGCAGAUUCACCUCGGAUUUACUACGAGUGCUGAAAUCGAAAGCGAGCAAGCAAGUGGCACUUUCGGAAUUUCCAAGCGUUUAUACUCGAGUAAUAGCAAAACCAUGGGACAUCGUGGAUUAUGGUGUAUGCGAUAUCGAAGAUAUUCUGGGUGAAGUGUCCGAGAACACGGUUGUCGUAACUCCUAUGGAAGGUGGCGAUAAGAUGAUAGCCAUCCCCAAACGCGAACAGACUGUCGAAGAAAUCGAACGAACGAAACUGUUCGCUAAAGAGGUGGUCGAGUUACUGCAACACGCGCCACAAUGUAAGAUGCUGUUCAACAAGUUUGUACCUUCAUAUCAUCAUCACUUCGGUCAUCAAUGCCGCGUGUCGGAUUACGGAUUCACCAAGUUGAUCGAAUUGUUCGAAGCGAUCCCGGACGUAGUCAAGAUCGAGGAGGUAAACGGAGGCGAGAGACAGAUAUCCUUGACCGAGAAAGAGGGUCUUAAGGUCCUCUCCGAGCAAAUAUCGAAAUUGGUGAUGCGCGCCAGAAGCGGCCUAAGUGUUUCGAGCAUCGCGCAAGUGUUCCAACAUCAAUUCGGCUGCGCGCUACGUCCCGAAUCGUACGGUUGCAGUUCGAUGUUGCAGCUUAUGCGAAAGCUUGGAGACACCGUUCAGAUCAUAGAUUUGGCUACAGGACCAGCUAUCAUCAUAAUAGACAAAUCGCACUUGCAGCAAACAACCCUCCAAUGCCGGCGUGUGUUAAUGGACCAACCCCAAAAUAGAAUGCCAGUCAGAGAAUUUGUACAGCAAUACUCUCAGUAUUAUAUGAAGCAAUGUAAUCUAGAUGAGUUUAGCAAAGAUCUGACAAAUGUUGUUCGGUUCACAGUGAUAAAUGGCGAACAAUUCAUCGAGCUGACACCAUUGCAUCGUUUCGCCUGCGAUCUUUAUCGCGUAAUGAUGAAUUAUGGCGGUACAUUAAACUUGUCGCAGUUUGAUAUGUCAUACUUGAGUAUCAUGGGCGCACCUUGUAAACCUGCACACUAUGGUUUUCCAACAAUAACUGCACUUUUACAAGCCUUACCUUGCACUGUAACGAUAAAGGAGACACGGAAGAAAGAAGCGAUUAUCUAUUUGAAAAAAAAGUUAGCCGCUUCCGCCGGUAUACGUUUGCCAUCAGUAUACAAAUCGAUGUCAUCAUCCUAUCGCGAUACGGAUUCCAGUAACGAUUCGUUUGAAAGUGAUUCUUCCUGCCGCAUGAAUGCCUCCAAUACUUUGAGCGCGAUGGAUCACGAUCACGAGAAGUGGAUCGAUCAGUUGACAAACAUUAAUUCUUGGAAAGCGAAGGACGAUAAAAGUCUAUGGCCGGAAGCUCGUGAUAAGCAUUGGAAGAACUUGCCGAAUUCGGAGGAACGCUCGAUUAGCUGGUCGGUCCCGGCCGAAAGCGGCGGUGAAAGCUUCCUGAACAGUUUGAUACGCACACCGAUAAUGCAACGUAAUUUUCCUCCGCCGCCGCCCAAGCCCGACUCCCCGCCUGAGGAUGUUAUGUGGGAGGAAGAAGCACAACACUUGAUAUCAUCGCUGUGGAAGUCCCCGACAAAAUUUACGUACCCGCAAGAUGAACAUUCCACGAACGUACAGGUUCCCUCGUUGGCCUUACCAAGCUGGAAUCAGAUUCUGGCCAGCGCCGAUAUAUCGAACUUGUUGUCGCCAACGAAAAAUCUGUUGCCCGCUGCUGCUAAUCCCUUGUAUCCGCCUACCUCUCCGUACUAUCACAAGUCUGUCGUUGCACCACAUCCGUCGGAAUUGCCGCUUCCUUCUCUAUCGCUAACACCCAAGAAGAAGAUAUUGGCGGAUAAUCAGAAAAAGACCGCCGCCAACGCGAGGAUGCAUCUCAAUCUUGCAAGUUCCGAAAGCGAGGAUAUUAUCGAGGAUGACGAGAGCAGCGACAGUCAUAGCACUUCUGGUAAACCCAUUAAAGGCAAGAGACGUCUGGCGGCCCAGUUCGAUCAGCGGAUCAAGCCAUAAACGGAGAAGUACGCAAAGAAAGAGAGACGUUAAAAAGUGAUAAGCUCAGGAUCAAAACCAGAUUGUGUUUAAUCGAUUUCUUCACGGAGACAACAAGAAACUAUGGACUUCAACGGACUUCGGUAGAUCGCCACCUAAAUUGGAUUUAAUUACCUAUGUACUGUUCCAUGAGUGGUAGGUACCAUACUUUAUUCACACUCGAAACUUGCAAGAGAUCUGUGUAUAGAUUAAAUGUAUAUGCAAACCGGAAGGAAGCGAUUAUAGCACAAAAAUUAUUUUCAAAAAGUAUGAAAAUAUACAUCGAUUAGAAUAUGAUUGAUAUAAUUUGGAUUGUAAUAGGAAAUGCGUGAGCGACGUUUAUAUCGAAUGACAUGUGCUGAUGGUUAGGAAACGUGUAGCAUUUUUUCGUACUGUGAUAUAGGGUAUAAAAAGAAGCGAGACGAUAGUAAAUACUGCACUAAGAAGGGAGCUUGGGAUGGCAAUAAUUAAUCUUUCCAUAAAUCACACGACAAGAAGCGUGGCUGGUGCAUUUGUGAAUUAUGUAAUUACAUUCAGACCUUUUUUAUAUCGCAUCUAAUAUUUUCUUUUAUUAACAAUCUAUCUGUUUGAUAUUAUUUUAAUCUUAUUUAUGUUUGUAUCAAAUUUACAAUCAAUUUUUACUUGAUUGUUUCGACUAGUUAACAAUACAUAUCGUGAGAAAAAAAUAUAUAAUUUUUAUACCUAUUCCUUUUUUGUUUUAUACUUGUUAAACGAAAGCGAAUAUUAGACUAGAUUCCAUAUUCAAGUAUACCAUAACUACUUUCUUUUUGUAAAUAUAAAUUAUUUGUUGAAACGCUUCUUUCGAUUUGCCUACGUUCACAUUGCCAGAGACAAUGUGAGUUGCAUUCAUAUAACAUACUAUAUGUCCGAGAAAGAUAUUACGUAUACUUGUUGCCAAUUAGAAGAUAAGCGAAAAUUCCCUUGUCUACCAUGCACCUUCAGUUAUUCAUCUUGUUAAUCGUCUUACCAAAUUUCUCCAUUCACCAUUGAUACAUUUUUUUACUGCUCAAUGUAUAAUUUUACGAAUGUGUCAUGUGAAUGAGUGCGAUCACGAAUACAGUGAUGACAGAUGUGUAAAAUUGGAGUGCAUAAUAUGCUGUAAUAUGUUGCCACGCGAUUUUCACAAUACGUAAGAGAAGAGAAUAAUUUUAUUGAUGAAAAAUCUUCGAUGUUUUGAGAUUAGUGCUUACUGUAUGGCAGAAGGAUAUAACGUAAUGGUGCGACGAGAGAUAAAAUUUUAACAAGGGUCGUUAAGACAAAUUCGUCCAGUAAUUAAAUAAAUGGCGAUAGGUAUCAUGUAUUUUUAUUCAAAAGGAGACGAGACAAAAGUUCGCAUCGAAUAUCUCUGUAGCAGCCAUUGCGCGAUAUCGGUCCUCUUUUUUUUUUCGUUCAAAGACCGAUGAUGGGAAUACAUGAAUUCUGCUUAUGAUAUAUAUAUUAAGUGCGUAAUAUAAGAUGUAUGAUGAGAAUGUAAGUCUUUUCGAAUUGUACACAAGGGAAUGAAUGCGUGAUGAUCUCACUUUUAAUCUCGUAUAUUUCAUGCUCAUUGUGUAAAUAUGACAUGGAUGUGUAAUAAUUUGCAAGUAUAGAGAGAGAUUGAUUAGAUUGUACUGUAGGAUUAUGGCUACAAUGGAUUCCUUUAUGCGAUAGUUUGCCAAUUUAUUGUAAUAAGUUAUUUAAAAAAAUUUGAAGGAUUUGAAAGGGAUACGUUAGUGCUCGCGCUAUCUUCGCUUGGACCGUCGGAAGAUUCGCGAUAAGUUGAACGACAGCCAGGUAUCCGAUAUUGUAAUAGUUACAAGGAUCGUGUAGUAUUCGUGUAGUGACUUUUUAAACUAUUUUGUUAAUUUAUUCCUAUUAAGAGAAAUCGUUUCGUUACGUGUUGUAUAUUUAUGCAUAAUAAUGAAUCCUAUUGUAUUUUAUGUUUGCGUGAAAAAUUUCCAUGCGUGUAACGUGUCCUAUGGCAGGGAACUUUUAAUUCGCGUUCAGUCAGAGAUAUUUUAUACGUUCGUGCAGUACACGCCGUCGCGUAAGACACACCAUGCGAGGUUGUCUUACAUUCUAAAUGCCUAAUAAGUUUUAUGCGCACUCAAUUCGCUUUGGCAUUCGAAAUGGAUGGAUGAAUAAUCUGGUUGAAACAUUAUGUCAAAACAGCGGGAAAACUGUAAAUGAGAAUUUAUAUAUAGAAGAUGAUUUUAUCGUAAUAACAAACGAGUGAAAUUGUAAUGUAUAAAUCAUCGAUGGAAUCGUGUCUAAAUGAGUAUUUCAUAAAUUAAUUUGAUAUACAUGUACAAUAGGUAUAAUCUUUUUAUAUAUUGUACAAUGAGAGAAGGAAUAAAAGGAAAGAUUGAUUCAUGCAAUAUUCAGAGAUUUGCUGUCGAUGCGUACGCGUGCGCGCGCUACGUGAUUUUUAUGCCAUUGUAAGAUGCGGAUUGUUACAAAAAUUGCGAAUGAGAGAUUAAAAUUCUGAUAAAUUAUUUUUAUUA